GAAAUUGACAUCUUCUUUUCAUUAAUAACAUCCUAAAAUAAGGGCCGCAAAAAAUUGCUCUAUGCACAAUGACAUAUACCUUUAACAGCUUCGUUUUUGUGCACUAUAAAAAAAACUCAACCUUAGUUUUUUCUUUUGAAAAAUAUCAACGUAAUACUCGUUGAAGAUUUAACAUUAGAUAGCUUUGUGCUUUGUAGGUGGGAAAUUAAUUUCGGUCGACGCCCAGAACGCAGAGAGAGAGAGAGAGAGGGAGAGAUAGAGAGAUGUGGGGUUUUGAUUGAUAUCUGAUUUAGGGGGAAGGCGGUGGAUGGAAUUAACUUCUUCUGAAUAUUAAUCGGAUCAAUCCUUAUCAGCUUCGUCGUCAUCAUUAUCUUCUUCUUCUUCUUCUUCUUUGGCAAUCUACCGGGAAUUGGAAGUGAACGAUUCGAAUGGCGAAUUUGUACGUGAAGGCGGUGCCGCCGGCGGAUAUGAACCGGAACACGGAGUGGUUCAUGUACCCAGGGGUGUGGACGACCUACAUCCUCAUCCUCUUUUUCUCAUGGCUCCUUGUUCUUUCCGUCUUCGGCUGCUCUCCUGGCAUGGCCUGGACCAUCGUCAACCUCUCUCACUUUAUGGUCACAUACCACUUCUUCCAUUGGAAGAAAGGAACUCCGUUUGCAGAAGACCAGGGGAUCUAUAAUGGGUUGACUUGGUGGGAGCAGAUUGAUAAUGGGAAGCAGCUCACACGGAAUAGGAAAUUCUUAACCGUUGUGCCUCUCGUUUUGUACUUGAUAGCAUCACAUACAACUGACUACCAACAUCCGAUGCUCUUUUUCAACACUGUUGCUGUGAUUGUGCUAGUUGUUGCCAAGUUCCCUAAUAUGCACAAGGUCCGUAUCUUUGGGAUCAAUUCAGAUAAAUGAGCGAGCUGCACUUGGAAAAUAGGGUUUUACUCGUGUGGAAGCCAGCCCUUGAUCCUUCACUUGCUCUACUAAGUGGGUACAUCUUUGUAUAGAAGUUGGGAACAGAGGAUAUUCUGAUGUGUAUUUUUUUUUUGGUCGUGACUAUUUUUACCGUGUAUGGAAGUAAUGUGUAUUGAGCUAUUUUGUACAGUCUGAAAAUUUUAAUGCAUCCGCAAGAGUACGGGUACCAUACAAAAGUUUUAUUACA